AUGUCCACUUACACUGUAACUACCAAAAUUUUCGCAACACUCAAUCAAUCCAUUCUCGAAUCAUUCAAAGACGACUUGGAUGCACAACAUGAUCUGACCAUUGUGUAUGAUGCCAUUCAAAUUGCUUGCAAGAAUAUUGCUGCUUGCAUUCGUAAAGCACCAAUUGAAGAUUUGACAGGUGUCUCUGGAACUACUAAUUCCAUGGGAGAGGAAGUUAAAAAACUCGAUCUUAUUGCCAAUGAUUAUUUCAUCAAUUCUCUUUCCAAAUGUAAAAGAGUUUGUGCCAUGGUUUCCGAAGAGAAUGGCGAUAUCAUCCUCCCAAGUUGUGAUCCAAGCGAAAUUCAAGGUCCAUACGUUGUUUGCUUUGAUCCUUUAGAUGGUAGUAGCAAUAUUGAUGUUGCUGUUCCUGUUGGAUCCAUUUGGUGUAUUUACAAGCGUCUCCAACCUGAGAAGAAGGGUUGUUAUGGUUCAUUGGAAGAUUGUUUACAAAGUGGAUCAAAUAUUGUUGCAGCAGGUUAUGCCAUGUAUGGCUCUUGUACCAUGAUCGUGAACGCCACGAAGAGAGGUGUCAAUGGUUAUACGUUGGAUCCCGUCAGUGGUGAUUUUGUUUUAACUCAUCCCGAAAUGAAAGUACCCAAGAAGGGUUCUAUUUAUUCAGUGAAUGAAGGUAAUCAUAGAACAUGGAAUGAAAGUACCAAGGAAUAUACUUUAUUGAAGAAAGGAAGCGAUGAGAAGAAACCAUAUUCUCUCAGAUACGUUGGUUCUAUGGUUGCUGAUGUUCAUAGAACUAUUAUUAAGGGUGGUAUUUUCAUGUAUCCAGCUGAUAAGGCAUCUCCAAGUGGUAAAUUACGUUUGCUUUAUGAAUGUAACCCAAUGUCUUAUAUCAUUGAAAAGGCUGGUGGUAAGAGUAUUGCAGGAUUAAAAGGAUGUAUGUUGGACAUUGUACCAACAAAGAUCCACCAACGUGAGCCAAUUUAUUUGGGAAGUACCACAGACGUAGAAGAGGUUGAACAAAUCAUGAAAAGACACGGCCUUUAA